GCAAUAUCGUGUUUAUUGUUACAAGAUAAUUGUACCUACCUACAUUGUAGUUAGCGGUUCAUGGUCAGGUGUUGAUCAAACAGAACCAGUUUACACAGUACGACAGCUGUACGAGUCCUAGUACCUCCGAGAGUAUUGGCCUACAAUCAUCGACUCAAUAGGCUACAUUGCGGGGCAUAAUUCUCCGCUCGUAAAGCUGCUGUCAGGUGAACUACAAUUUCAGGAUAUAAAUUCCAAUUACCCGAUCAGGCAGGAGGAAGUGGGGGCGCUCGGGAAGUGGAAAACUCAGUGACGAACAGUACAGCAUCAGUUACUUGAUAAUCGUCAGUGACUUAGGAGCCGUCAGUACGUAUUCGAUACAGUAGCCAAGCCAGGUAGUACUGGCUCUCUAAUCGCUGCACUAGUGAUAUCUCAUCCAGAAUCUGUUAUGUAGCAAGAUUUGCGUGUCUCUGGUCACGCGUCGUUUCAAGUACUGUGUUCGGAGAGUGAGUGCAAGGACAACAAGCAGCCUGCCAGGGCUAUGGACGCCAUUGGUGCGCUCCUGACUUAUCCCGUGCGUGUACUAUGGAACGCCAUCAAGAGCCCGGUGGCGCCUCAGUGGAGUCGCACCAGAGUCGUUCAUCACGAAGACGGGCCGCCGGACUGGCUCGUCGAGCUGCGGGCGGCAUGCUCGUCUCUAGAGGGGUUUUUCCCGUCGCCAUGGGCACCGGACGGCCACAGCCAAACGGUGCUGGGCGUACUGGUACACGAUGCCGACAGCAGGGUCAAGUACGAGCGUGAAGUGCUGGACACUCCGGAUAACGACAAACUGGCACUGGACUGGGCCAGCAUGCGGGGACUGGACGCUCCCAAAGAGGACGCACCGGUGUGCAUGCUGUUCCACGGUCUGUCCGGUGACUCGUCCGACAUGGAGUCGGCGGCCGGCGUGGCGCUGCAGCACGGCAUGCGCGCCGUGGCCGUCAGCAAACGAGGCCAGGCGCCCGGCCUCGACCUUGUACAGCCCAAGCUGCUGUCGUUCGGCGACACGGGCGACUUGCGUCACGUCUGCACGGUGCUGAAGGAGCGUUACCCGAACUGUGAGCUAGUGGGACUGGGAUCAUCAGCCGGUGGUGGCCAGCUGGCCUCGUACCUUCAGGACUACCCGACUGGCAAUCACCUGGACGGCGUCGCGGUCCUUUCUCCGGGCUACGACUCCAAGAAGCUGUUCUCUGCGAACGAUACGGGGACCGUACCCUGGCCGUACGGGUGGAUACUCUUGCGAGGCAUGAAGCGGAUCGUGGAGAAGAACCGCGCCGUCCUGAAGGGGCAUAUUGACGUGGAGAAGAUCAAGCGGUGCGCUACGUUCAACGAGUUCUACGCCGAGGUGGAUUUUAAACUGUACGACUAUAAGGAUACGGACGAGUUGUGGGACGCGUGCAACCCGCUGCGGGGUGAUUUCCUGGGCUGCAGCGUGCCGACGCUAUGCAUCAGCUCUGUAGACGAUCCCGUAGUACCGGAGGAGAUGAUACCCAUCAGCAAGAUGCAGACACUCUGGAAGUCCAGUGCGCUGCUUAUCACGGAGCACGGCGGACAUUGUGGCUUCCUGGAGGGCUGGUCGGGCCGCCGCUGGGAUUAUCAUGUUGCAUGCACCUUCCUCACGUUGGUCUCGCAGCGGGCUAGGGCUGCAAGCGACCGCACCGAGGACACACCUAGCACUACAAGCUAGUGGCAGUGCAGAAAUUCAACAGGACUACACUGUACUGUGAAUAGGCCAAAUGCCAAAUAAUGUACAACUCAGCUUGAUUUGACAUGGCAUAGUGGCAUUCUUGUGUACAGUUGUGUCCUACGAAGUAUCGCGUCUUACAGUGUACACGAGGCUUUUAGGGAGUUGAUGGGAAUUUAAGUUAAUAAUUAUUGUUUUGGGCAGAUCACUUGGUGACUAUGUGUAUGCCAGUGCUUUCAAACCUCAACACGAGUUAAAGAAUGACUGGUGGGCGCAUUUUUUAUCACAUCAUGAGGCUGGAAGUGCUUGUUUCAACCCUGUAAAAUGCGUUGGAUUGAUUGUGAACAGCUUGUGCAUGCGCGAAGGCACGGAUCCGCGCACGGUGUAUCUACUGUGUGGGCACAAUAUUGCACUUCGGCCUUUACAGUGCGAAAAUUUCCUCUACAACGUCAUACCUGCAAGGCACCCUAGCAAUGAUCCAGUGAACGGCACAACAAUGUAUCUGUGUGACUCAGUCUACUUUAGCCCAACCAGGAGACAAUCAUCGAGCUCUGCCAAAUGUAUUGGGUACUGUGAUUCACAGUCACCACAGCUCUACUCAGUGUACUCCGCAUUGUUGCUUCAUAGUAUCAUAUGCUUGAUCACUGAUCCAAAGCGUGAUGCGGUGUGUGGCAUUUUA